GGCGGCAGAUCGUGGCAGGUGGGAGGGCCGGGCAGGUGCUGUACAUAAAAACAGAAAACGGUGGAGAGCUGCCGAUACACCUGUGCAAGACUGAAGGGGAGGAGCCAAUAUACCUGUGCAAGAUUGAAGGGGAGGAGCCAAUACACCUAUGCAAGAUGGAAGGGGAGGAGCCACUGGUACACCUGUGCAAGACUGAAGGGGAGGAGCUGGUACACCUGUGCAAGACGGAAGGGGAGGAGCCACCGGUACACCUGUGCAAGACUGAAGGGGAGGAGCUGGUACACCUGUGCAAGACGGAAAGGGAGGAGCCAAUACACCUGUGCAAGACGGAAGGGGAGGAGCCAAUACACCUGUGCAAGACGGAAGGGGAAGAGCCACCGGUACACCUGUGCAAGACUGAAGGGGAGGAGCUGGUACACCUGUGCAAGAUGGGAAGGGGAGGAGCCACCGGUACACAUGUGCAAGACUGAAGGGGAGGAGCCAGUACACCUGUUUAGGAUUGAAGGGGAGGAGCCGGUACACCUAUGCAAGACUGAAGGGGAGGAGCCAGUGCACCCAUGCAAGACUGAAGGGGAGGAGCCAGUACACCUGUUCACGAUUGAAGGGGAGGAGCUGGUAAAACUGUGCAAGACU